AUGUCGACUACGCAGAAGGGAAUGCCUUAUGUUCGCCUGGGCAACUCUGGGCUCAAAGUUUCCAAAAUCAUUCUGGGAACAAUGCAGUAUGGUACCAGCGAGUGGCAAGAUUGGGUUCUUGGAGAGGAAGAAGCCAUCAUCCACAUCAAGACUGCUUAUGACGCGGGCAUUAACACCUUUGACACCGCAGACAUGUACUCCAAUGGACUUUCAGAGGUCGUACUUGGAAACGCGAUCAAAAAGCUCAGCUUACCUCGGGAUGAGAUUGUAGUCUAUAGAGUUGUUGGCCGUACCCCGAGUGAAAGACUUUCCAAGCCAGGUGUACGUCCUGAUCAACUAGGCUACGUUAAUCAAAGGGGUUUGAGUCGCAAGUUAAGGAUGUUGUCUCCUGUGGACUUAUUGCACCUAUCUGAUCUGACACGAACCUCGAUCGAGGAAACGAUGCAAGCUCUGCAUGAUGUUGUACAGGCCGGUUAUGUCCGGUACAUUGGCAUGUCUUCAUGCUUGGCUUACCAAUACUACGCGAUCACAAACCAUCUCACACCUUUCAUUUCUAUGCAGAACCACCACAAUUUGAUCUAUCGCGAAGAGGAACGAGAGAUGUUCCCGACACUCAAGAUGUUCGGCGUUGGAUGCAUCCCCUGGUCACCGCUUGCUCGAGGACUCCUCACCCUUCGUGGAAAGAGCGAUUCUGCCAUAAACUCCUACGUCCAGCAUGAGUCUGAUCAAGACAUUAUGAGCCGCCUCGAGGAAGUUGCGAAGAAGAAAGGCGCAAGUAUGGCACAGAUAGCCCUUGCUUGGUCGUUGGCACAAGACAUCGUCACUGCGCCGGUCGUCGGGACCACGUCCUUGAAGCACCUCCAGGAUCUUGUUGGUGCCAUUAAUAUCACUCUGACCGCAGAAGAGCGUAAGUAUUUGGAAGAGCCUUAUCAGCCAAAGUCUGUCUUUGGUCACAGAUAA